UUCAUAUUCAUAACUGCUGGGCUUUUUUCAGGCACAUUGCUACGUGCCAUACACUGCCUGCAGACCCGAGCGUGUGAGAGAUGUUUUACGCACAGUUUGUGCUGGCCAAGAAGGGUCCUCUUGCAAGGAUCUGGCUGGCCGCUCACUGGGACAAGAAGCUCACCAAAGCCCACGUCUUUGAGACCAACAUUGAGAAAUCUGUUGAUGGUAUACUGCAGCCCAAGGUAAAAAUGGCACUGCGCACAUCAGGCCACUUGUUGCUGGGCGUUGUGAGGAUUUACUCUCGCAAGGCCAAGUAUUUGCUCGCCGACUGCAAUGAAGCUUUUGUCAAAAUAAAGAUGGCCUUCAGGCCAGGCAUGGUGGACCUCCCUGAAGAGGUCAGAGAAGCUGCUGUCAGCGCCAUCACCUUGCCAGAAGUCUUCCAUGACUUUGACACUCCCAUAGCUGACCUCAAUGAUGUCGACAUCCAAGCUCAGUUCACGCUCAACCAGUCCCGGGCCGAGGAGAUCACCAUGAGGGAGGAUUAUGCAAACAUUUCCCUGGCGUCGGCGGAGGAAGGGUUUGGUGAUAUGGGUUUUGAGGAGCCUCCUGAGCUCAUGAGAGCUGCCAGUAUGGGGCAAAGUUUGGAGCAUCAGAGUCUCAUGUUUGGUGAGACAUCAGGUCUGGAGAAGGAGAAGGGGGAACCAUCCACUUCUAAAAUAGAAGAUUCACACUUGGGGGGCAGCCGAGUGGGCGCCGCAGCACUUGAUCUUGAAGCGCCAAUUAGGGACGAUGGAUUUGGUGGCAACUUGGGCCAAGACAUGAUUCCUGGAGGCUUAUUUGAAGGGGGAUUGUUUGACGACACUCCCAUGGUUGAUGAUGGUCCUAGUCUAGACGCGAGUGGCAUACAGGAUGGAGACCUGGCCCUGCAGCCCAUGGAUAUAGACAGACCCACGGACGCUCUCUCUCAGCAGAUCGGAGCGUCCGCCCCUGAUGACGUCAAGACUGAAGACUCUGAUGACGAUGGCGGUGACAUGGACAGAUUUGGCGGCCCUCCAUCCGUAAGUCCUCCCAGUUCAGAGAACGGAUCACGUCCCACAUCCCCUGUCCCUGCCUCAACAGAUAUGCCACCGCCAGCAGCUCCUGCUGACGAAGGUGUUGCAGGGGCGGGUGCAGACGAUCACGACGCCACUGCAGCACAGGAGCAAACGACGCUGCUGCAAAACGAAGAGGAGAGCUUUGCCCUCGCCCCUGUUGAUGCCUCGGCUAUAAGGCACGGCUGGCCAAGAGCCAAACGCAAGAGGAAGCUCAUCGUUGACGAGGUCAAGAAUAUCUCCGGGGAAGAGAUGAAGGCGCAGCUCUCAGACACCACGGAUAUCGUCAACACUCUCGACCUGGCGCCGCCCACAAAGAGACUCAUGCACUGGAAGGAAACGGGUGGAGUAGAGAAAUUGUUUGCCUUGCCUGGCCGCACGAUCCACGCAAGAGCGAUGGCAAAGAUGUACCAACGACACCUCACGUCCGAGGCCACGCAGAACGAAGACUUCGGCAUGGCUGGAGACAAGGAGCUGGAGAACCUCAGCCUGGAGCAGGUGCGUGACGCGGACGACCUCGAGGGGGAGAAAGCGCCCCCCAAGACGCGGGGGCGGCCCGCCAAGCGCAAACAGCCCGACCACCACGAGGACGAACCCAAGGAGCAGACAACGCGCAGCCGUCGAAGCCGCCAUAGCGAGCUGGACGACAUGGACCACCACAUGGACGAUGGCCUCAUGUCGCCCCCGCCCCCCGCCACCCCUGCACCGCCCCCUCUACCCUCCUGCGGCGACCCCAACACCCCCGCACUCCCCAGACCUUCCGUCGAGGAGAGCUUCGAUCAGCUGGUGGCUGAUCACCAGGCGUCAGCUGACCACCUACAGCCGGCUGCUGCUGACGCUCCUGACGACGACGUAGAGGCACUUCCUGACGCCCUGCCCUCCGAGGAUCAGCCCCCAGCGCCCCUCGCUGAUGCAGGGGGCCCGCCCCUCGACGAGGAGACGCCCAUGGACGUGGACGCUGACCCCUCACUGGUCCCCCAUCAGGAGAUGCCCAAUAACACUCUGGGCGCAGACUCUGCCAUCAUGGAAGCCAUGAUGCCUCAUCAGCCACAGAUGCAUCAGCCACAGCCGCCCCCACUGUCUGCUCCAGACAUACCCUUCUCCCCACCCCCCUCUUCCCCACAUCCCGAAGAGGAACAAGCUGACGACGAGACGUACGAGGAGUUCGAGGAGCGCGUCGUGAACAAGCGCGCGGCGCACACCUUCCGCCAGAUCAAGAAGACGCUCAGGACGGAGACCAUCGAGUUCUCGCAAAUGUCCAGGGGGCACAACCGCAAGCAGGUGGCGCGCAACUUCUACACGAUGUUGGUGCUGAAGAAGUUGCAGGCCGUAGAGUUGCAGCAGCAGGGAUGUUACCAGGAGCUCUACAUCACCAGGGGCGCGCUCUUCGAGAAGGCUAAGAUAUAGGCUGCUAUAUCUGUACCUUGUAUCAUAUUCACUCCAUUACGGUGUCUGUACUCAUAGAUAUUUGUCCUUAUAUAGAUGAUUUGACCAGACUAAUUUGUACUUAUAUGAUAAAUGAUGGUUAGUAAUAUAGCAUAUUUCCAGCUUAUAUAAUAAAACCACAACUUGAGUUGUAUUGUUUGUUGUUCGUCGCAACUACAAACACGAAUGAAUUCCGGUCAUUUUAGUCCAUUAUUUUAAGCAAACUUUUGCUUAAUUCCCGAAAUUCUCCGCACCAGAAAUUGUCGCUUUUAAAAAUUGUUGCUUUUUUAGCGGCGAGUUGUUCACCUUUUUAGGUGGCGACUUUAGUGGAGGUGAGGCAAUUGAUUGGGUGGAGUGAUCAAUUGGGGUACGUAUGGUGAUUGUUGCAUUAAUAGGCGUAGUUUUCCAUUAGGUUGCUCUUUUUGAUGGUCAAUGGAGAUUGUGUGAUGACACUAAAGGACGUGGAGUUUUACGUUGGCGUGUUUAUUGAAGUGUUCAAUAGAGGUGAGGUUGAAGAAUAAAAAGAAUUCCAUAUAGAGCGUUCCGUUGUGGUUUUUCAUCUGAUGGAAAUGGACUAGAAAUUUUUCAUGAAUUUCUUUAUCUAGACUUGUUUAUUUAUUUUUAUCGUCUACUCUUGUGGCUUUUAUUCAAUUGUUGAUGCGUGCUUGUGCACUGAAACUCGUGUGAUGUAUGCACCAAUACAGACCAUACAAGUGUAACACAGACUACACAGGCCCUGAGUUUGUGAUCCAGAAUAUGGUGCAAGUCUACACAUAUUUCCUCCUGCAUAAUAAUUCCUGUAACAAUUUACAUAAUUCAUGUUAAUAGUUUGGUGACUCGCGUGUGUGUGAUGUCUUGAUGCGUUUUCUGUAUCCAAUCUAGAGCAUUCAUUCCAUAUUCCUGCGAUGCUCGGAGGUUUUUUUUUUUUUGUUUGAUUGCCAGUCAAAUUUAUUGGUAUGUUGAUGGAUUAAAAUUGAAUGUGCGUCAUUGCUGUUACAAUUGAUGUAUCAUGGUUUUUAUUGGUAAUUAGGCUCGAGUUAUUGAUUGGUUGAUGUAAUAGGAAAAGGAUUCAGUCGAAGAUGUGAGACGUACGUAUUCCGAAUCUACUGCUGCAGUUUCCUGUUGUGGUCUUGCUCUUUAUCUUCAGAGUAGAUUUCUUCAUGAUGUGAAAUGUAUUUGUUCGCCUGCUCAUUGGAAUCAAUAUGGUUUGUAGGACGAACAGAGUUUUCUAUCAAGGUUUUUAGUUGAGG